CGGCUCGUCUUUGGUGGAAAUUCGACUCUAUCUAAACGUUCUCGAGUCACUGUCCGGUUGAAAAUUGUAUGUUACCACCGAAUACGAGAACUGAAGCAGUUUUUCUGAAACCACGUGCACCAUUCAAACUGGCUGCCUUCAACGUUCGCACACUUAUGCAGGUCGGACAACAGAUAGGGCUGGCUAUGUUUUUGGAAAGUCCUAAUAUUGAUGUUUGCUGUCUAUCCGAGACCCGUAUUCAAGACUCUGGCGAAGUACUACAAAUUCGAUCUCCAUCUGUCGCUUCGAAAAGCUUGUUUUACGUGCGCUUAUCCGGGGACCCUGUGGCAUCUUCGUCUGGUCUUGCUAUAACUAUAUUGUUAGGUCUAGUACUAAAUAAGCUUCGAGUCUCUAUGGCGAAAAUAGGUGGAUUCAUUCGCUUUAGUCGCAUGCUGGCUAGAUUAUUUUGUAGAGAAGUUUUCAGCCAUGCCUAAGCAUAUAAAGUGUGUCGGUUCUGACGGAAACACUCAACAUAUAUCCAUAGGCAAGUUAUCAAAGAACACAAAUGGAUUUACUAAGUCAUUUAAAAUUUCGUGAGAGUUGGCGAAAACAACACUUUUGAAAAAUUUAUUUAUUUAUUUGAACACAUAAAUAUUGGUACAAGAGAGCAUCAAUAAUUAUGCGCCACACAAAACAAUGAGAAUUCGAGAAGAAAGAAAAAAAGGUAAGGAGCGUGAAAAAAAGAAAAUAAAGGAGAACAAUAAACAAGAGGUUGGGGUAAGGUGGUGUAGUAAUUAUAAUAGUAAUAAUGAGGGAACAGAAAGGUACAAUCAGAAGAAAUCUUUCAGUUAGGGAAGACAACCACUUUUUAUGAAGAAAGUAAAAGGUUACAGCAGGAUCGCCACUGUCUUCUAUUCUGAGCCAUAUCUGAUAACGUCUCUAGCCACUGUGUAGCAGCAUCUCUCGGACCCCAACCAGGGAGUCGUGAAGGACCAACAGAAGCCAGUCCUUUGCAACUUUCUUUCAUGCCACGACACCAUGUCAUGCACUGACCGCCUCUCCGCUUCUCCCAACCAGUCCCGAAGUCGGCAAAUAAUGCACGACGUGGAAUUCUCUGGGACGAAAUUCGUGGAACAUGUCCAAGCCACCGAAGUCGGUGUUUCAAGAUGGUGACACCAAUUGCAUUAUCAUCUCUGUGCCCGAACACACGAUGCUGACCCUCUGCAUUACUGACAUA